CAGGCCCCAAGGGAGGGCGCGAGGCGCGCGGGUCCGGGAGCGCGCGCGACGCCAGCGACCUCGCUCUGGUCCAAGUCACCGCCCGCGUCCCCGGCUGAGGCGGCCGGCGUCGAGGGCGUGGCGGCUCCUCGCGGCCCCGGGCGGAGGGGUUCUGUUUGCCCCAGGCCGCGCUCGUCGCCCCCGGGCCUCUCCCCUCGAGCGCACAGCAGUGCCUGGCAGAUAUCCUAGAACUUUCCCUACGGAGAAGAUGCUUCGAGACACCAUGAAAUCUUGGAAUGAUAGCCAGUCUGAUCUCUGUAGCAGCGAUCAGGAAGAGGAAGAGGAGAUGGUCUUCGGUGAAAAUGAAGAUGACUUGGAAGAGAUGAUGGAUCUAAGCGACCUGCCCACCUCACUUUUUGCUUGCAGUGUCCAUGAAGCAGUGUUUGAGGUCCAAGAGCAGAAGGAGAGGUUCGAAGCUCUCUUCACCCUCUAUGAUGACCAGGUCACAUUCCAGUUGUUCAAGAGCUUCCGCAGAGUGAGGAUCAACUUCAGCAAGCCCGAGGCUGCAGCGAGAGCUCGGAUAGAGCUGCACGAGAGUGACUUCCAUGGCCAGAAGCUGAAGCUUUACUUCGCACAGGUGCAGGUGUCUGGGGAGGCUCGGGAUAAGUCCUACUUACUGCCCCCACAGCCCGCCAAGCAGUUCCUCAUCUCCCCUCCAGCCUCCCCGCCAGUGGGGUGGAAGCAGAGUGAAGAUGCGAUGCCGGUGAUCAACUACGAUUUACUCUGUGCUGUCUCCAAGCUAGGGCCAGGGGAGAAAUACGAACUGCAUGCAGGAACCGAGUCCACCCCUAGCGUGGUCGUGCAUGUCUGUGAAAGCGAAACUGAAGAGGAAGAAGACACAAAAAACCCAAAACAAAAAAUCACGCAGACUCGGCGCCCGGAAGCUCCCACAGCCGCACUGAGUGAGCAGCUGGACUGUGCACUGUGAGCUCAGCCACUGCACCUGUGCUUCCUGCUGCUACUGCUGCACCUGCACUGGAGCACAGCCACGAGAUGCUGUUGCAUCCAUCUGGCAGCAGGGUCAGCCUUGCCAGGCCAGAACAUGGGGUGAAGUAGCAGAUGCGGCCAGCUGUUUGAAAUUUUGAGCAAUGCUCCGAAUGGCACUUUAAGUGACAAGGUUAGCCCCCACUGUGUGGCACCUGACUCCUCCCCAAAAACAUUAGUACCCCGGAACGUAUCGCUCAUUGGGUACCGAAGGCCAGAAUUAGAAUCACCCAGUGCACUACUGUUUUUUACAGAUUUAAAAAUUAGUCUCAUAAUUUCAGUAAUUUGGUGUAGGUAUUCUUUGUACUGGUGUGGUUGUGUCUAACAAAUACAUUGAGCAAAGGCUGAAUGUCGCUCAGUAUACAUGACCUUUUUUUGGCACGAAAAGAAAUCUUAGAUCCAAAAUCAUUUGUAGAAGCCUUUUUUUCUUCAGUAUUUUUCCACUAGCCUUGGGGAUGAACUGCCAAAUGAGUGAGAUUAUCAGAUCCAAACAGCAUGCGCAGACGUGUUUCUUGGCUCUCCUCAGUAUCACUCUUGCGGUUGGUGGAGGUAGAGUCCAGGACCAUGAUCCCAGUGCAGCCCUCCUAGGCCUGGACCCUGCAAGCAGGAUGUAUCACUGGGAAGCUUGGCUGGUGAUGAUACGGAGUUGCAGCCUGUGGAGGGUGGCUCUUCAGUUUCUCUCUUGACCAUCCUAGUGCUGGCUUGUCGCUGCCUGAGUUGUCCUGUGCUGUGUGUAGCUCUGUGAUGUUAGUCCAGUCUUAAAUUUCAGAAAAUAAUGAUAAGACUUUCUGAAGACCACUUUGAAUUGGGAGGUAUUUCAUUUUUUAUUUUCUUUGAAGACAGGGUUUCACUUUGUAGCUAGCUGGCUUAAAAUCCUCUGUGAUCCUCCUGCAUUAGACUUCCAAGUGCUGGAAAUUACAGGGAGUGAGCCACCAUGCACUUCAAAUUUUUCCAUUCAAGUAUUCAACUGUUCAGAAAGAAAAAAAAAAUCACCAGUAGUACUUUUUCUUUGAGACAAGGUCUUACACUGUCUAGCCUGAGACCCAGUAUGUAUGUAGCCCAGGCUGGCCUUGAGCCCAAGACCAUUUGUUCUCCUUCCUCAGCCACUUGAGUCGUGGGAUUGAAGGUAUAAGCCCCUGUGUGCAGCUCAUGCUUCCCUUUUUAGUGAAAGUUUCCACCUUGGCUUGCAGUCCACUUUCAGAUGGAACAGCUUCUUGUUCUUGAAGCUGUGUUUGAGCUUCUGUAUGUGAGUGCAGCAUCGCUAGUGUGCUGGGGCUGCAGCCCCUCUUACAGAAGGCUCUCCUGCUCCAGGUGCGUCGGCUGGUCCCCUCACUGUGCUCUCACUGCACAGCAGGUGUCCAGGGCUGGUUGGGAUUGUGAAGGGACUGGCACAGAACUAAGAAACCAACUUGGCAGCUACUGUAAAGGAAGAAAAAUGGAGACAUUGAAGCCAUGAUGGCUAUGUUCUUUGGGUGACAUGUUAGAGCUGAGUGUCUUUUGUGGUGGAAUUGAUCUCUGAAGAUUUAAACUGUAUUGCACACAAAUGUCUGACUUGUUGAAACAGGGUCUCAUAUAGUCCUGGUUGACAUCAAACUUGGUACAUCUCAAGGACGACCUUGAACUCCUGCCUCUAUCCCCUAAGUGCUAGGAUUGCAGGUGUGCCCUACAUCACCGACAACAGCAACAGGAAGGGUUGUCCUUGCCCUCAGAUGCUGACCUCUGUGUGUUUGGUUGAAGAUUACGACUCCAUCCACACUGGUUUGUUGGACCCAAGUCAUCCUCUGUCGGGUCAGCUGAUAGGCUCUCCUUUGCACUUCUGAGCUCAGCAGUUUGCUUCUUUUGGUUGCAGGACAGACCCUACCUGCCAGCAGACAAGUAGAUCUUCAACAGUUGGGAAGUUUUUGUGUUCUGCAUUAUGCAAUAUCAGUUCUCUCUAAUUCUCUAAGUGAUCAAAACUAAUUUUUAGUCUUAGCUUUCAUUUCUAGCUGCCAACUUAAGAACCUCCCUCUCCCCCCCCCCCCCAGGUUUUCUUUAUUUUAGCUCUGACUGUCCUGGAACUAGCUCUAUAGACCAGGCUGGCCUCGCACUCACAGAGAUCUACCUGCCUCUGCCUCCUGAGUGCUGAGAGGUAAUUAAAAGUGUGCGCCCCCACACUUGGCCUACUCCUUUUUUAAGUCAAGAGGUGCAAACUGUUCAUCUCUUUAAAUCUUUUUGAGGGUAUUAAAUUGUGUGUAUGUAUGGGGCAUGUGCAAGGAGAAGGGAAGCCAUUUAAACUUUGCUGGAUAGCAAAUAUUAGCAUUUUCCUCUUUUCUGGUAUAUUGUUUCCAUAAGACAAGCUCAAGAAGAAGAAAAGAUACUCAUCCACUAUUUAAUGAAAUGAACCAGAGUAUCCAGGUGUCUGUGUUUAAGCUAUUUUGAUGCUCAGUUCAUGUACCCAUUUUAUAAUAAAUGAGUCCUGUUCUUUUGUUUGUUUGUGAAAGGUCUCAGGUAGCACAGGUAGCUGGUCUCAGAGUCCCUGUGUGGCCAAGGGUGAUCUUGAAUCCUGAUCCUACUGCACCCACC